GGUUAAUAUACGAGACAAGAAAAAAAAAAGAAAAAAAAAGAGAAUUAGCAAAUGAAGCUGCGAGUGUGCCGAUGGCUAUAAGGAAAGUGAAAAGCAACUCUUGAAACUAAACCUAACACGUACCGGACCCGGUUUAGCCCCGGCAAGGCGACGAAGUUUCGUGAGCUGUCGUCUCCCGAGAGGGAAAAGAGUUCGAACCAGAUCUCUCUCUCUCUCUUCUCUCUCUCUCUCUCUCUCUCUUAUUCCAUUUUUGAAUUCAGCAAAGCAAAUCGCAGAAGUCGUGUGAGACGGCCGCGUUGCAUCGGACCACUUGUGCGAUUAUCUUUCGUCAUCCACUCUCUCCCCCUCCUUCUAGCUCUCUCUUUAUUACCAAAGUUCUUUUUUUUCAAUUUCCGCCGGAAAAUCGCGAUUGGUUCUGAUCGGAACGAUCGGAGAACAUCCCUGAGAAAGAGUGGGGGAAACAGGUUCAACGGAGGGCUGUUUGUGAGCGACGUUGACUAUACAUAUAAUUCUCUUCCGAUUGCGUAGAUAAUUUUAGGGUUAUUCUUGUUGCGAUAGAAUGGAGACGGACAAUGGGAAAGGGUUGAUACUAGCUGUGGCGUCUAGUGUUUUCAUUGGUUCGAGCUUCAUCUUGAAGAAGAAAGGUCUCAAGCGAGCUGGUGCUAAUGGAACCCGAGCAGGAUAUGGAGGUUAUACAUACUUAUUAGAGCCUCUUUGGUGGGCGGGCAUGGUGACAAUGAUUGUUGGAGAAGCUGCCAACUUCGUGGCCUACAUCUAUGCACCGGCUGUUCUCGUCACUCCACUCGGUGCAUUAAGUAUAAUCAUCAGUGCUGUCUUGGCACAUUUCCUUUUAAAGGAGAAACUUAAGAAAAUGGGGGUUCUGGGAUGUGUGUCUUGCAUCGUGGGCUCCGUUGUUAUCGUCAUACACGCACCAAAGGAGCAGACUCCAAACUCCGUUGAAGAAAUAUGGAAUCUGGCAACUCAGCCAGCUUUUCUAGUUUACGUGGCCAUUACCAUGUCGAUUGUCCUUGCUUUGAUUCUGCACUUUGAACCUCUGUGCGGCCAAACAAAUAUUCUGGUUUACAUCGGAAUCUGUUCAUUGAUGGGUGCUCUCACUGUAAGUUGCUUCAUCUUAAGGCGUUAUGAGCAUAAAGGCUAUUGGAAUUGCGAUAAAACUAACAAUGGAGGGAGUAAGCCAGAUCGGGUAUCCGCAGACAUGGCUUUUUGUCAUGGUUGCAGCGACAUGUGUCGUUACACAAUUGAUUUAUCUGAACAAGAUUUGAUGUUUGGGUCUUCAGAAACAGUAAGAUGGUACGAGUCAAGAAAGAGCACGAACGAAGAACAUCUGAUAAGCCUGUACAGCCCAGAAUACUAGGAAGAAAGGUGGUGGCAUCUCUAGAUUUGAAAUGUGCCAAGAACAAGCCUCGUGGAAUGAUGUCUGGGUUCCUUGUGGUGGCUUGUUAUUUUUUGUAUUGAUUCUCUUGUGGUUCCUCUCUCUCUCUGUACAGACAAAAAGUUUGUCUAAUUUAAACUCCACACAUUCUUUAGUUCUGAGCUUUUGUAUCUCUUGUUAGUACACAGUACAGGUUCUUCUUCUUCUUCUUCUUGUUGUCCCAAUAUAUAUGUAUCUUCAUUUUUCCUUUAAUUGUACUCAAUUUGAAAGAAAGAAAAAUAAGUUAGUUUGAUCAGAAAGACCAGAAAUAA